AGUACCCCAAGUCGCCAGAAAAGAACGAUGAUUCACUAAGUUUCCACUGAUAACACACAAAUAAUACAAUACACACACUAUCACCAAUAUGGCUUCCCAAUCUACCUCGAAACCCUCCAAUGCACGCCGAAAACCCGGCCAGAUCGCCGCAGAGGCUGAAGCGCAAGCCCUCGCCCGACAUGUCGAUUCCGCACAUAAAACCUACGGUCGAGGCGAAGACAUACGGCCCAAGUCUGUGAGGGACAAAAAGCUGCGCUCCAAAGUUAAGGCUUUGCAGAGUAAAGCCAAGGAUGCAGAAAUGCAAGCUAAAGAUGCGGAGAUCCUGAUGGCGGAUGCCACGCCUGGGAUGUUGGAAGCAGAGAACGAGCUAGAGAAGACAUACAAGGUCCGACAGGAUGAUAUAAGAUCCGCCUCGGGCGUUGAAACUGCCAAAAAGGGAUUCGAACUGCGAUUGGAGGGUCUCGGGCCAUACGAUGUCUGCGAAUAUACAAGAAAUGGCCGUGACCUCUUGAUUGCUGGUCGCAAAGGUCAUGUUGCGUGCUUCGACUGGAGAGCAGGCAAACUCGGUUGCGAAUUGAACCUCAACGAGACGGUGCGCGAUGCAAAGUGGCUCCAUACAAACCAGUCCUUUGCCGUGGCGCAGAAGAAAUGUGUGUACAUAUAUGCUCGGGAUGGUGUGGAGCUGCAUGCUUUGAAGAAAUUACAGGAACCCGUCGCUCUUCAAUUCUUGCCCUAUCAUUUCCUCCUUGCAUCCAUUUCUACACUGGGAGUUCUUCGUUAUACAGACAUAUCCACAGGCGCAAACAUAACAGAGUUCGCUACCAAACUCGGACCCCCUACCUCCUUCUGCCAAAAUCCAGCGAACGCUAUCCUGCACGUCGGCCACCAGAAAGGUCUGGUUACACUCUGGUCGCCCAAUUCCUCAACUCCCCUAGUCAAACUCCUGCCGCACAGCGGGCCAGUUCGCUCGCUCGCCAUUGAUCGAGCAGGUCGUUACAUGGUCUCAGCCGGGCAAGAUCGCCGUAUGUCCGUAUGGGAUAUCCGUAUGUUCAAGGAAAUGCACACCCAUCAUCUACGGCAACCAGGCGCAUCCCUCUCCAUCAGCGACCAGAACCUCACUGCGGUGGGCUGGGGCACACAAGUCUCGAUCUUCAACCAGGACAUCUUCACCCGCGCUAAAGAAGACAUCAAGGUACCUGAGCCGUACAUGUCUUGGGGUGGCGAAGGCAACACAAUCUCUAGACUGAAGUUCUGUCCCUUCGAGGACGUACUCGGCAUCUCGCACGACAAGGGCUUCUCCUCAAUCAUCGUUCCCGGCUCGGGCGAACCCAACUUUGACGCUCUCGAGUCAGGACUGAACCCCUUCGAGACCAGCAAGCAACGCAAGGAGGCAGAGGUACACGCUUUGCUCGAAAAGCUGCAACCGGAGAUGAUCUCCCUCGACCCCAAUAUCAUCGGCAAUCUCGACCUCGCCUCUGAAGAACAGCGCAGAAGAGAGCGAGACUUGGACGCCAAGCCCGAAGACAAGAUCGCCAAUCUGAAGAAGAAAGGUAGGGGAAGGAACAGUGCGCUCAGGAGACAUCUCAGGAAGAGCGGACAGAAGAAUGUGAUCGAUGCCGAGAAGGUCAGGGCGAGAGAAGCACUGCAAGCGAUGAACAAGAGGGAGAUCGAAAAAGUCUCCAAGAUGAAGGCCGAAUACGGACCUGCAUUGGCGAGAUUUGCGCGCAAGGGAUUCUAAGACUCUUCUUUUCGUGGCGAUCUGGGGACUCGUUAAGAAGCCCAAUACUGCCAGCACAUCGAAAGAAAAGGAAAUCAGAGAAAAAGUGUUUCGAGUCAUUUGCAUAAGCGUACGGCGUUGUUGUAAUUUGGGACAUAAGAAUUCGAUUGUGGCACAGGAUGAUAUAUACCCUCGGAGUCAGAGCAUUAGAAAGAAAAAAAUGUUUAACAAGUACUUUUUAGCUGUACGACCUCUUGCUUAUUGAUAAGGCAUUCAAACUUCUAUAAG